AUGGAAAUCAUCCGAAAUGUCAUCCGGAUUAGCCCAAGUAUCAUUAAAAACAUCCAAAACGUCUACUUGCACAUCCUUUGGCAAGGGAAGAUGUCGCACCUCUUCACUGUCGGCGUCACCAAGUCGUAUAUGAUACCGGCCCUCGAAACGCUUUACCACUACAUGCCAAUCAUUGAGUACUCCAAGUUGCCAAUCAAGGUUUCUUUCUCGACGCAAAUCAUCUUCGAUAUCGUUCCAGGGAAUGUCGCGCUUUGGAAGACGGCUGCGUAA